AUGGCAACUAAGAGAAACAAAGUCAUCGACGUUAGUUAUCUUUCUCUGUGGAUGCAUCUAAAGGCCUUUGACGAAUCUAAAGCUGGUGUCAAAGGUCUUGUCGAUGAUGGAAUCACCAAAGUCCCAUCCAUUUUCAUUUGCAAGCCAGAAGAUCCCUCAGCCGAGGACAUCCCAAGUUUCGGCAAUCCAACUGGCCAACAGUACCAAUUCAGUAUUCCAGUUGUGGACCUUGGUGAUGUUGUCGCUGGAAGGCCUGCUAAGGUGAUCCAAGAUAUCCGGCGGGCUGCAGAGAGUGUGGGGUUCUUUUAUGUGGUUAACCGUGGGAUACCCAAGACAGUGUUGGAGGAGAUGCUCGAGGCGACGCGUAGGUUUCAUGAGCUGCCAAGGGAGGUGAAGGCUGAGUACUAUACUAGGGAUCCCAAGAGGAAGGUGAAAUCACUAUGCCAAAAACAUUAUCAGACGACAGAUGGAAACCGUUGUGGGAUAUGGAGAGCCACCGUUGUAGACCGAGCCGCUGUCUGA